ACGUGACGAGCUUAACUUAUUUAGCUUUCGGCUAGUCUUCUAGUACAGUGCACCUGUUUGUAAAGGAAGGAAUGGUAGUGAUUGAUUUUGUAUCAAGACACACGCCCUUUCAUUUUUAAAAAAACUACUCCAUCGAAUUAUGCCAUCAAUAUCAGCGCACGCACCUGACCGUCCAGAUUACGCAAAAAUGGCGAAGACCUACUUCCACGUCUUCCUGAGACUCCUCUUCUCUUUUUAUGACUGCAUCAUUGAUUUCUUUUUCGGUCUCUACUACAACGACACUACUAGAAAGUAUAUCUCGGGUGUUGACUAUCCAUUCAUGCUUGAAAGUGCCUCUUCUGUUGCAAGAAAAAUCAGAAAUAAAGAAAUGAGCAGUGUUGACGUUGUCAACGCAUAUAUCGCAAGAAUUGCUCAGGUGAAUGGCAUCCUUAACUCUGUUGUUGAUGAACGAUACAAAGACGCAAUCGAGGAAGCGAAACAGGCUGAUAAGAUGAUUGAAAGUGGCGAAUGGAGCAAGGAACGAUUGGAAAAGGAGAGACCUUUCCAUGGCGUGCCCAUCUCCACCAAAGAAAGCACUGCCAUUAAAGGAAUGCGCCACACAUUUGGUUUAACACUAAGAUCGCACGAAACUGCUUCUGACGACGCUGAGGUGAUAAAAUCCAUGCGGAGGGCAGGAGCCAUUCCUUUUGUUCUCACCAACAUUCCUGAGCUGAACAUGUGGUAUGAAACGAGGUGCAACGUUUAUGGUCAAACUAACAACCCUUACGACACAAAUCGGACAGUUGGUGGUUCAUCGGGAGGAGAGUCAAGUUUGAUCUCUGCUUGUGGCUCCCCACUUGGAAUUGGCACUGAUGUUGGUGGCUCUGUCCGGAUGCCUGCCUACUUUUGUGGUAUAUUUGGACACAAACCCACUUCAGGAAUGAUAAAUUUGCAAGGGCUGACGAGGAAAGCCGCAGAACACACUGAAAUGUCAUUGACCGUUCCUGGACCAAUUUGUAAACAUGCUGAGGAUUUGCUUCCCACAAUGAAGGUGUUGAUGCAAGGUAGCAAAGUGGAAUUGGAUCUGACUACAAAGGUUGAUGUCGCAAAACUGCGCUUCUUUUACAUUGAAGACGACUGUGGGGAUCUCAGGGUCAGCCCCAUUCAGUCUGAUCAACUAAAUGCCCUGAGGAAGGCAGUCAAGUAUGUCGGCGAAUUGACUGGCGUUCCGCCCAAGAAACUGGUGCCCUCCAAGUGGAAGUAUGGCUACAAAGUGUGGCGCUAUUUGAUCACACAGGAACCCGAGAGGUUGGCAUGGGAACUGACUAACAGAAAUGGGACAGUGUGUUGGUGGUGGGAAACCUUGCGAUUCUUCACUGGCACCAGCCCCUACACUUUACCUUCCAUCCUCAGACUCAUCGACCUUAAUGUAUUCCCCAAAGAAAAUCCGGAAUGGGUCAAGGAAGUUCUUGAAUCCUUGCUUGGUGAUCUGAAGCGAGAGCUUGGAGACAAUGGAGUGUUGCUUCACCCUACGCAUCCCACGACAGCAUUCUACCAUAAUGCUGCUCACCUGCGUCCAUGGAACUUCACUUACACGUCCAUCAUUAAUGCUUUGAAACUCCCUGCGACACAGAUCCCAUUGGGCCUCAACUCGAAAGGACUGCCGCUUGGAGUUCAAGCUAUUGCGAAUCCAUACUGUGACCGACUGACUAUUGCUGUUGCUCAAGAACUGGAACAAGCUUUUGGUGGAUGGGUUCCUCCAUUCAAAACUAUUUGAAACAGUAUAAAGACUGCAGCUGCAAAGUGCUUUUAAAUAUGCAUUCAUUUUUAUAUUUUAAAAACUUCAUACUUGUUAUCCCAGCAUUGCUAUAUUAUAAAAAAUAAAAUUUACAAAUUAGCCGUA